AUGGGCCGGGUCCAUGUUCGUGUCCAAGACCCAAACCCUAUACCCAUACACCCAUGGGUUCUUGUGCUCUAUACAAUCCCAGUUGAGGGGCGAGUAAGUACAUACGACCAUAGGGUGUGGAGAACAGGGCUUCCCGUCCGCUCAGCCGUACUUAAGCCACACGCCGGCAGGUUAGUAGUUGGGUGGGUGACCACCAGCGAAUCCCUGCUGUUAUGUCUAGGUCUGAUAAUGAUGUAG